AUGAGAUUGGCCAAAGGAUAGGUAUUAUUUUAUAUUUAGAUAAUUAGAUGAGAAAAUUCUUAGUUAAAGGUUUACAAGGUAAAUAUAUUGUUGUAAAAUAUAAUCUAAGGAUGUCUUUAUAUUUUUAAUGA